AUGUCCAAUUUAAAUCUACAAACUAUACCUACAGAAUCUCUUAAUCUUGCUCUCAUUCUACACAGUAAAAUUGAAUUGAAAACGUGGACUGGAGAUGUAAAAGCCGAAAUUAAAAGUUUUUAUGGCGCAAUUGAACAUGCUUUACAAAAACUAGAACAUUUAAAGGAAACGCCUGAAGAUGUAAAAGCUGCUGUAUUAGCAAUAAGUUCCUUACAUAAAAAUAAUAAACUUGCUAUUUCUUCUCCUUCAUAUAAAAAAGAGGACAAUCAAAAUGAUAUUUGUAUGCAUAUCUCAAAUUUAAAGAGUAUAUUGGAAAAUAUUGAAGAUUUUGAAGCAAAAGAAUUAAUCUUAUAUUACAGGAGAGAAUUACAAUUCGAAUUAGAACAAUGCUCAAGGAAUAUUAUAAGAUUCAUAGGAAUCUUUAUCAAAAUUAUAUUCAUUAGUACUUGA